AUGGCGGCGGCGGCGGCGGCGGCGGGGGGAGGAGCGCGGGAGGAGGCUCACUUUCGUGGGGUGCGGAAGCGGCCGUGGGGGCGGUUCUCGGCGGAGAUCCGGGACCCGUGGAAGAAGACGCGCAGGUGGCUGGGGACCUUCGACACGGCGGAGGAGGCCGCGCGGGCGUACGACGAGGCCGCGCGCAGCCUGCGCGGCCCCAAGGCGAAGACCAACUUCGGAUCCGCCGACGACCAGCCGGUGGCGUGGGGCCUUACCCCGACGCCUCCGGGCUGGAGGCCGCCGGUGCUCGGGCGGCGGAACCUGUCGCUGGGGCUUCCGGCCGGAGGAGGGCCGGGGCGAUCCGUGUGCCGCGUCGACGCCGUCGAGGUGGUGGCGCAGGAGAACACCGCCGCCGUCGCCGCUGGCGGCGCGGCGGAGGCGAAGACGCCCUUUGCGUUUGAUCUCAAUUUGCCGGCUCCUUUCUAUUGA